GCUCAGGGCGCUGGGCGCUUCCGGAAGGGGCGUCAUGGCGCCUCGCGGUCCGUUCCCGGCCCGAACGGAGCCAAAGGCCGCCUCAUGCGGCCGGGGACAGAUCCCGGGGUGGCGCCGGGGGUAGGGUCGCGAGGGAGAAGCCGGCGAUCCCGGGCAGGGCGUACUGCCUCCUCCCACGCGGCCUCGGUCUGGUCCCUUUAGGGACUCCGGUUUCAGGGAUUGGGGCAAACAGCCCAGAGAACGGGAGCCCCGGGCGGGGCGCGCUGUGCUGUCACUCGCCGGCGCGCGGCCUCCGGGGCCUGCACCCCUGGUCCUCGCCGGUCGCGGAGUGGGCCUCCGAGCCCUGUCUCGUUCUGCUUCGAGUUUUAGAUCCCGGCCCGCCACGAACUGGAUUUUUGUUGUUGUUGUUGUUGUUCUUGUCUUGAUUUUUGCCGUGCUGGGGAUGGGAUCUGGGGCCUCUUGCCUGCUAGGCAAGCGUUUUGCCACCGAAAAUUUUGUGCCUCAGAUCUCUCUCCCCAUCAGCACGAAAGACCGUCGUUGGGUCCCUUUCCUGCCUUUGAAGGUUACCCUGUCAGGCCUGGCGUGCUGGAGUGCAAUUGCCUAUAAUCCCAGCAGUCUGGGAGGCUGAAGCAAGAGGGUCGCUGUGAGUUCGAGGGGAGGCUGGGCUACAUGCACUAUGGCAGAACAGGACGGGGAAAACGAGCUUCUGGAUUAUGAGGAAGAUGAAGAGCCCCAGGCUCCUUCCGAGAACACCCCCACACUCCCAAAGAAAGACGUGAAAGGCUCCUACGUCUCCAUCCACAGCUCUGGCUUCCGGGACUUCCUGCUGAAGCCGGAGCUCCUGAGGGCCAUCGUGGACUGUGGCUUUGAGCACCCCUCAGAGGUUCAGCAUGAGUGCAUCCCGCAGGCCAUCCUGGGCAUGGAUGUCCUGUGCCAAGCCAAGUCUGGGAUGGGCAAGACGGCGGUCUUCGUGCUGGCCACCCUACAGCAGAUUGAGCCUGUCAAUGGCCAGGUGUCAGUCCUGGUCAUGUGUCACACAAGGGAGCUGGCCUUCCAGAUCAGCAAGGAGUAUGAGCGCUUCUCCAAGUACAUGCCCAGUGUCAAGGUGUCUGUGUUCUUUGGAGGUCUCUCUAUCAAGAAGGAUGAGGAAGUGCUGAAGAGAAACUGUCCUCACGUCGUGGUGGGAACCCCAGGCCGGAUCCUGGCACUCGUGCGGAACAGGAGCCUCAACCUGAAGAACGUGAAGCACUUUGUGCUUGAUGAGUGUGACAAGAUGCUGGAGCAGCUGGACAUGAGGCGGGAUGUGCAAGAGAUCUUCCGCCUGACACCCCACGAGAAGCAGUGCAUGAUGUUCAGCGCCACCCUGAGCAAGGAGAUCCGGCCAGUCUGCAGGAAGUUCAUGCAGGAUCCCAUGGAGGUGUUUGUAGACGAUGAGACCAAGCUCACGCUGCACGGCCUGCAGCAGUACUACGUGAAGCUCAAGGACAGCGAGAAGAAUCGCAAGCUCUUCGACCUUCUGGAUGUGCUAGAGUUUAACCAGGUGGUGAUCUUCGUGAAGUCAGUGCAGCGCUGCAUGGCCCUGGCCCAGCUCCUCGUGGAACAGAACUUCCCAGCCAUCGCCAUUCACCGAGGCAUGGCACAGGAGGAGCGCCUAUCACGCUACCAGCAGUUCAAGGACUUCCAGCGGCGGAUCCUGGUGGCCACCAAUCUGUUUGGACGAGGGAUGGACAUUGAGCGUGUCAACAUCGUCUUCAACUAUGACAUGCCCGAAGACUCAGACACAUACCUGCACCGGGUGGCCCGAGCAGGUCGCUUUGGCACCAAAGGCCUGGCCAUCACAUUUGUGUCCGAUGAGAAUGAUGCCAAAAUUCUUAAUGAUGUUCAAGAUCGGUUUGAAGUCAAUGUAGCUGAACUUCCAGAAGAGAUUGACAUCUCCACAUACAUUGAGCAGAGCCGGUAACCACGCUCCUGGAAGGCCAUCGCCAUCGCCGCCCUGCCUCCUUCCCACACGCACGUCCUCCAAACGACCGUCUCUUUUUUUCUGUUGAAAAGCUGUAGAUUUGUGUAAGAAUACAUUUUUAUUAUGGAA